CGGAACGCAUCGGAGAUCGAAUCACUAAAGGCUGCUACAUAGGUUUAGUUCGGACGUUUAAAAUAUUGAAAAACUUGCGAUUCGAAUUCCAUUCAGAAGUAGAUUUUUUUGUUUAAUGAAAUGAAUUUUUUAGUUUUCUUUUGUGUAUUGGCACUGUUUUAUUCAGUGAAUGCUCGCAUACGUGAGUAUUACAUCGGUGCUGUUGAAAUCGAAUGGAACUAUGCUCCCCACGGGAACAGGGUAAAUAACAACAGUGAUUUUGAUACGUAUCUUAAACCGGGACAGGACCGUAUAGGAAGUGUGUACAGGAAAAUAGUAUAUCGGGAAUUCACUGAUGGCGGUUUUACAAAGCAGCGCCCCCAUGCGGCAAGUUUGGGAUAUGUGGGUCCAACCCUACGGGCCGAGGUUGGAGACACUAUCAAAGUCUACUUCAAGAACAUGGCGAUGACCGCUGGACGUAAUUUCAGUGUCCAUCCUCACGGUGUCCAGUACAAUAAGGAUGCUGAAGGUGCGCUUUACGUCGACGCGACGACAGGUACAGACAAGGCUGAUGACGGCGUAGGUCCCGGAGAGACGUUCACGUAUGUCUGGAGGUUGACACCCAACUUUGCCCCCACCAGUGACGACUCGCGAUGUCUCGCCUGGGCCUAUCACUCACACGUGUCGCCGGUCCAAGAUGUGGACAGCGGAUUGGUCGGCGUCCUUAUGACAUGCAAGAGAGGAACGCUUCGUUUUGGCAACAAACGUCGUGACAUUGACAAAGAAUUCGUGCUGUACAUGGACCAGACUGACGAAGGACGGAGUUGGCUCCUCUCCCAGAACCUAGACAAAUGUGGCAAUCCUUCCGCAUGCUUAUCGCUUAGCAACAAUAACGAUGGCUCUUUCAAGACAUCCAACUUGUUGUUCCACGUCAACGGCUAUAUGUAUGGAAACCUGCCUGGCCUCGAUGUGAGGCAGCGUGAUGACGUCAUCUUCCACUUCCUGUCCCUCAACACCGGAAUUCAGAGUGCCCACUUCAGUGGUCAAGUCCUGACCUACAGGAAUCACAGAGUGGACACAGUUACCUUCUAUCCAGCUACGUUUGUAUCAGCUCGUAUGAUACCCAUCAACACCGGCACGUGGCUGCUGUCGAGCAGAAUCGCCGAGGCAUUCGACGGUGGCAUGCACGCAUUCCUGAAUGUAAACCCUCGCAGAGGUUGGCGAGGGAAGAGAAGCAUUAAUUUGUUCGAAUCACCGCGUCUUCCGUGGGGCUACGGCAAAUCCCGGAACAGGAAAUACUAUCUUGCUGCGGAACUCAUUGAGUGGAAUUAUGGUCCUUCCGGUAAAGACUUGUUCAAUGGAGGAAAUCUGACUGGCGAUUCAGCAGGCAUUGCGAGCCAGUAUUUUACACGAGGGCCAGACCGCAUCGGGGGAGUGUAUAGAAAGGCUGUUUACGUGGAGUACACUGACGAUAGUUUCCGGACGAAGAAAGGAAGGAAGGAUAAUGAGAAACACCUGGGAUUCAUGGGACCUGUCAUUGCAGGCGAGGAAGGGGAGACAAUCGAGAUCGUCUUCCGCAACAACGCCGAUAGGCAGUACUCGGUAUAUCCACACGGAGUUAUGUUUACAAAAGAAAAUGAAGGGUUCCUUUACAACAAUCCCAAGACAAAUCAAACAACCGGAAAAGUAGCUCAGCCAGGGGAGACAAUCACCUACAAGUUUCGGGUCCCCCAGAUCAUGGGACCUUCACGAGAUGACCUCGACUGUUUGACCCACACAUAUCACUCCGCGGCUGACCCGAUCAGAGACGUGCACUCCGGUCUCCUUGGCCCACUCCUCGUCUGCAAUAGAGGCCAACUUAGAAAACGAACGUCCGGGUUCCUGUUCAGGAGGAGUCAGCCCACCUGGUACGGUCGUCUGACCCACCUGUACCUUCUGUUCUUGACAGUGGACGAGAACAGGUCAUGGUACAUUGACCACAACAUUCAGACUUACACAACGGACCCAGCGUCCGUCAACAAGGAUGACCCUGCCUUCUUCGGCUCAAACCGAAAACAUGCCAUUAAUGGACGAAUGUUUGGCAACCUGGAGGGUCUGGAGAUGUGCCAGGGAGAUGAAGUUGCCUGGCACAUCAUCGGCUUUGGGGGAUGGUUUGACAUGCACGGCGUCAACUUUGACGGACAAACGCUGGAUUUCCUUGGGACAAAAGUGGAGGGCAAAGAAAUCAUCCCUGGCUCGGCCGUCACCCUGUUGUCGACACCAGAUAGAGUUGGUAAAUGGGCACUUGUAUGUCGGACUAACUUCCACUUUAAGACUGGGAUGGUGGCUCUGUAUGACGUCAAGUCGUGUGGAACCCGGCCGAAACCUUUUGUAGCCAGCAAAACCCGGAAGUAUUUCAUCGCUGCCGAGGAAGUAGACUGGGACUAUGCUCCGAUACAGCGAGAUCUCGUGACAGGGGAGAAUUUGACAGAUCCUUCUUUACCAGGGCACUUGUUCGUGAAGGAUGACGACUAUUUCAUUGGUAGCACAUACAAGAAGGCUGUAUACCGAGAGUACACAGAUGCCACAUUCAACACUCGUAAAGCCCGCACAACGAAACAGGAACACCUUGCUGUCCUCGGACCUGUCAUAAGAGGUGAGGUCGGGGAUAUCAUUGAGGUAGUUUUCAAGAAUAAGGCCACAAGACCCUACUCCAUUCAUCCUCAAGGUGUCCGGUACGACAAAGCCAAUGAGGGGUCGCUUUACAACGACGGAACCAGUCAGAAAGGUGACGACGGAGUACUUCCGGGUCAAACAUUCACCUACAGAUGGGAGGUGCCUGAAAGAGCCGGUCCCGGAAAGAACGACCCUGAUUGUAUAUCCUGGAUGUAUUAUUCGUCCGUGAACUCUGUCAAGGACAUGAACAGCGGGCUGGUUGGCCCGUUGAUCAUCUGCAGCUCCGGGACGAUGAGUUACGAUGAUGCAAGACGUGACGUCGAUCGGGAAUUCGCCAUACUCUUCUUCGUGUUUGAUGAAAACGACAGCUGGUACCUUAACGACAAUGUUGACAGGUUCGCACCACAAAGAACGGAUCUUCAAGACGCCGAGUUCCGAGCAAGCAAUUCCAUGAAUUCCAUUAACGGUCGUAUCUAUGGUAACCUGGAUGGUCUGGUCAUGGAUGAAGGAGACUGCGUUGAUUGGUUCAUACUUGGACUUGGAUCAACAUUUGACUACCACCCUGUUCAUUUCCACGGGCAGACUUUCCUCUCGAGGUCCGACAAAGUUCACAGAGGUGACGUCAUUGAGGUAUUCCCUUCGACGACGCAGGUGGUGACAAUGCUAACGGAUAAUCCGGGCACCUGGAUCCUGCAUUGUCACUUCAGUGAGCAUGUGAAGAGCGGCAUGGAGGUGACGUAUACCAUUCGCCCGGCACCAUAGUACUCAACGUGAGCGAGUUAGGUUUAACGCUGUGAACAGUAUUUCAAUUGCAUGACGGCGUGUCUAAAAAUGGGGGGUGGGGUGGGUGUCAAAGCAAGAAGGUCGGGCCGGUACACACUUCACUUACUGUAACGUCUGAGUGAGUUUAGUUUUACGUCGCUUUUAGCAAUAUCGCGACGGGGGACACUAGUACUGGGUUUCGCACAUUGUUCCCUUGUGGGGCAUCGAUCCCGGGGUUUCGGCGUGACGAGCGAACGCUUUAACCACUCUGCUAACCCACCGCCCCUUGUAGCGUCCGAUAUCACCGGUAUCGCAUAAUAUUUCAUGUGAUGUUAACAUACAUGUAUUUCAGAGUUCUGAGCUGAACGAACGGUUGUUUAUCGUAGACAAAUCAAUAGUUUUGUGGAUAUAUGUUGCUGUUAUCAGCUGUUUCACGCCAUAGUCAUUCAUUCAUUGUAUAAAAGAGUAUGCAUGUUCCGUAUUUAUCAAAAGCAGUCAGAUAGUGUUCGUUCAAGAUGUUAGAAACUCGAAAUCCAUCAUGUUUUGCGAGUAGAGUGUGUGAGUGAGUUCACGUCGUCGUUUAGUAGUUUGGUGAAAUUAGAGUACAUGUAGUUUGAUGUAUGAAUCAAGUCAAAUAGAAUAUCAUGACUUAUGAAUGUUAAUUUCUAAUAUAAUAUAAUCUCUAAACAAUCGAAUAGAGCUCAUUUUCAACCGUCAUCUCUCAUUUAAAAUGUUAAAGAUAUGUUUGCAACAUUUAUGACAUAGAUAAAGCAGAAUUAUUAUUAAUAUCAAACUCAAUUUUGCAUAAUCAUAACUUUUACUUUGUAUAUUUGUAUGAAAUGGAUGCUUAAUCAGAUUUUAUAUAUUUUAUUAGUGUUUUGUCCCAUGUCUUGAUUGCUUGUCAAAUCCAUUUUGGAAUAUUAUGUUUUUGAAAAAAUAUUUAUAUGAUCCAAGAAUAUUCUGUGAUAAUGAUUUUAUAUGAAUAUUUAUUAGAUACAAACGUGUCAUGAUAUGUGUUGUGAUUGAUGAUGUGCAUCUUUCCAAAAGUGUUUUAUAUGAUAUCACAUUGUUUUAUGUUCACUGAUAUCAUUCACUUGAUAUUUAAUUUCAUUUAUUAUUAUAAUAAAAAACAAACAAAUAUA